AUGAUCUGCGGAAGUUGCCCCGUUGAAAAGAAGUGCCACGGAGCUUUCGUCGAAGCUAAUGUAGUUAGCUAGCUAACGCUUUAAUUCAAGAUAUAUGAUGGAUUACAGACGAUCGCGUUGUAUUUCUUUGUAACAAUGUAUUUGGUUGUUUCAGAGUACAUGCUAACCGAGAACAAAGGCUCCGUUUUCGAGGUUAAUCUCGUAAAAUAGCUGCGGUUUAUACACAGUCAACGGAAUGCACGUUGGAAGACCCUUCGGUAGUUUUAGUUCAUAUUGCGUCUAGUUUUGGUCGGGUCUGCUGUUUUUACAGCACCUGAUAUGACGCAUUUAUAAACUGCGUUUGCUUUAAAACACAAGAAGUCUAACUCGCACCGGAUUGGAAGGUGUAUUGGUUGAUUGUACCCGAUUAACAAGGUUGAACGCAUAGGGACACCUUGUCUUAAGCUACAAAUACAGUUGAAGGUUCUUGGAGCACACAUGAAGGAGAUGGAGAGAAACGUGAUGCGUCUGGUGGCUGUGGAGCAACUGCGAGCUGCCUGUGGAAUAAAGAUAAAGAAUUGGAAUAAAAACAAACAGGGCAGCAAGGCAGUAACUACUCAAUCGGCCAAGGUUUUUGGGAUGUCGCUGGAGAGCCUUCCAUAUUAUAAUAUGGAACAUGGCAGUGUGCCAAGGUUUCUAGUGGAUGCCUGCAUGCAGCUGACGGCCCACAUAGACACAGAGGGCUUGUUCAGAAAGUCGGGCUCCGUUGUUCGCCUGAAGGCACUCAGGGCCAAGCUGGAUGCGGGCGAGGACUGCCUAUCCGGCGCCCUGCCCUGCGACAUUGCCGGCCUGGUGAAGCAGUUCUUCAGAGAGCUGCCCGAGCCCAUCCUGCCAACGGAGCUGAACGAGGCCCUGCUCAAAGCCCAGCAGCUCCCCACAGAGGAGGACAGGACGUCGGCCGUGCUGCUGCUGUCUUGCGUUCUGUCGGAGAAGAACCUCAGCGUCCUGCGUCACUUUUUUGACUUCGUCCACAACGUUUCCCUGAGGAGUGCAGAGAACAAGAUGGACAGCAGCAACCUGUCUGUGAUCCUGGCACCCAACCUCCUCCAUUCUGGGGACGGGAGCGAGAAGAUGAACGCCAACACGGAGAAACGCCUCAGGCUGCAGGCGGCAGUCAUCCGCUGCUUCAUAGACAAUUCCAAAGAUUUCGGUAUGUUGCCACCGUUCCUCAUGGAGAAGGUUCCCGCCAUGAUGGGCUGUGACGGAGGUUCCCAAUCUCCGUCCCACGAGGAGCAGGAGAACGCGGGUUCCAGAAGGCGUAGACGUAGCCUAGGAGAUAUGGUCAAUGGUGCUCUGAAUAAGAUAAAAACUAAUAGAACGCCUACAAAAACCUUGCAGACAGACAGUUUUGUCUUUUCCUCCGCUACUCCUGUGAUCGCAACACCGUCGAAGCGCAAACUUCCCAUGGAAUCCGGUCAGAGUUUCGGAUUCUCAAACAAGAAACGUAGAUCCAUCAAAAAGACCGGUUUAGACUUUCUUCCAAACGCUCUGUUCAGUGGAGCCUCCACGCCUGGAUCAGCAUACAGUGCAUCAGGAGUUUUGGAUAAGUCCUCCUCGAAGCAUGCCAUGUCCCCAGCAGCACGAUCCAGUGUUCGCUCAGCUGCCCGAAGGAAGAGCAGACGACUGAGCAGCAGGCACGUCGUCCAGAGAGUUGAAUCAGGAAAGGCUGGGUGCUUUUCCCCCAAAGUCAGUAAGAAGGAAGAGCCUCGCAAGUCUAUCCGCUCGCGCUUCAGCCUGGGAAAGAGCAGCAAAGAUGCUGGAUCUGUAUCCAUUGGCUGGCGACUUGCCACUCAGGAGAGCACCAGCAGUUUUUGCCCCACCAGAGACGCAGAGUUCACCCCCGCUGCUAAAAAGGAGUCAAAGAGCUCCAAGUUCAUCAGCAAAUCUGAGGACAACCUGCUAUCCCCUCACCGCGACUCGGCCCCCCAGCAGACCUCAUGGUGCCCCGAGACCCCGGACGGCCCCCGGGCCUUCGGUGGCAGGUCGUUCACGGACACCCCGUUGAACCGUGGCCUGAAGAGCAACUACUUCUCAGAGCCGGCCAUCGUGGCCUGCAAGCCUCCCGCAGGGCCGAGCCUACCCAUGAGGCUGUGUUGUGCCUCGAGCGCAGAGAGCCUGGAGAGCAACUACGGUUCCCUCGCGCACGCCCAGGUGGCUCCCAUCCCGACCCAACCAUCUGAGGGUUUCAAAGUCCCUGCCGACGGCACCCCCAGAGAAGACGAGCAGACGCAGCCUUCAGCCAGCCUCCUGAUGCCCCCCCCGGAGACCCCAACUCUCAGGGUACUUUCUACAGACCUCGAGCGUUCCGGCCGUACGACGCCAAAGAGAAAGCUGGCCGAUGACCAAAACAUCACCUUCAGCCAGAUGGAACUGGCCGCACUGUCUCCUUUGCAUAUUGACAGUGCGCUGUUCGAGUCUGGCCUGUAUUUUAACCGAGGGGUUAAGACCCCCGAUGGUUCCCUGUGUGGUGCUGCGGCCGGCUCUUUAAGCUGCAACAACGGCUCCAUGGGGGGCGAGGAGGCCGAUGAGGGAGUUCAACACAUCAACUGCAGCCAACUGAUCGAUGCCCUGGACAUCCAGAGCCCCGCUCACUUCAAACUGGGCGUCUCCGCCGGCUUACAGUCCACCCCGUGUAGAAUGAACCUGGACUUUCACGGCGACUUUAAUAAAACCUCAGAGGAGGACAAAGGCGACGGUGCCACGAUCGAAAAGACAGAGGCCCUAAACCAGCUACCAGUGUUGGGAGAUCUAUCUCCUGAAUCUCAGAGGCCUCGAGUGGCGGACCACAUCCAGCACUUCAACACGCUCACGUUGUACUCUCCCAGGGGCGCCAAGGCCAAAGGGGGCCGGACGCCCCUGAAGUUCCAGCGCACGCCCGUGCGGCAGUCGGUCCGCAGGAUCAACUCCCUCCUGGGCGACAGCCGGAGAGCCAAGCUGGGCCUGCGGCUCUCCACCAGCCAGAGCGGUCCGGCUGGGAAGUCGGUAAGCCUGGAGAGCGUCCUCCCCUCAGCGUCCCAGCUUCAACCGUACCAGGGAGAAGAACCAGCCGCGCCGCCCGCGGGCAAAGUAGGCGGCGCAAAGAUACCGCCCCCGGUGCCGCCGAGGAAGCCCAGCAGCACGUUGGCUCGGAAGCACAGGGUUUGUGCUCUGGGUGACGUGACGAACCAGGUGCCGUCGAGGACAGCGAGGGACUCUUCAGACCCUGUCGGUAAGACGGGCGUGUCGGAGGGCAGGAAGACCCGUCUGCAGCAUGUAGCUGAUAAGGAUGUGCAGCAUUACAGGGGUUCACCUAGAAACCCGCUCAGUGAGGUCCGACUGCUGUCUGCUACCAAGCCCAUCGAUUUGUAGAAAGUCUUCUGUGCCAAUUUUUCGGUUCACUGUCCAGGUUUUGUAAAGAGGUGCUUUUAAAACCGUUUCUGGGAGUUUAAUUUAUUUUGACCUGGAUUCUCUGAUUGUCUUAAUUUGUUGUGCUUUUGCUUCAUGCGAUGCUUCUAAGCAGUUGCCUUAAUGUAGUUUUGCUCUAGUUUUCCAUCUAAAGGAAGCUUGGACAUUUCAACACAUUUAAUUUAGUUCUGCUUCAAUAAGCAAGUGACAAGGUACAAUUGGUAAGAACAUUCAUCUUUAGAUUAAGUUUUUAAUUUAAAAUUGUUUUAAAUCAACUUUACUUGUGGUUUCAAAAAAAAGAUUGAGGGAAAAAAUUAUGUUGUUUUUUUUGCAGUAAUUGUACUGGAUUUCCACUACAUCAAAUGUCAAAGCAGUGUAUUUUGGUAACGAAUUUUGCUAUACAGUAUUAAUCUGGGUAUUGUGUCAUGUACAUUUACACCCUUUUGAAUAUGCUGUUUGGAAUGGCUCAACCAAUUAAAAUCUUAUAUUGAUUGACAUUA